UACAAAGGUUAUGUCAGUUUUUGAUUUUGAAACAUGCUGAAAAAAUAAAUUACUUGUGUGGAAAUUAACGUCAAUUAUUUAUGAAAAGAAGAAUAACAUCAAUUCAAUGCGUACACGAAUGCAAUAAUUACCUGUCGGGCGAAUGGUGCUGGAAAGGGUGACGAGUAUUCGCAUUGAUACGUGUUAAAUUUUGCGGUGUUUUGAUAGUAUUAUCGGUAAAUGUAUCAGUUAUCGUAGUAUUUAUGCAAUUCACAUUGAUUAUCGUGGAUUUUAGUUGGCAAUUCAGACAUGGCAACUGUUGAAAGGAAAGGAACUUUCAAAGUUGAAUUUCUACGACAGAUCGAAAAACAAAUCCAAAAGAAAUGGGAUGAUGAAAAAAUCUACGAAAUCGACGCAGCCGAAGAUGGCAAAAAAGAAAAAUUCUUCACAACGUUCCCUUUUCCCUACAUGAACGGUAGGCUUCAUCUGGGACACACUUUCAGUCUGUCGAAAUGCGAAUUCGCCGUACGUUAUCAUCGACUGAAAGGCAAAAGCGUCUUAUUCCCGUUCGGUUUCCAUUGUACGGGAAUGCCUAUAAAAGCAUGUGCUGAUAAAUUAAAACGUGAAAUGGAAAUGUACGGUUAUCCUCCCAAGUUCCCAGAUGAUAAACCCGUCAGCCCAGUGGUUCCUGCAGAUGACGAUAUCAUCAAAGAUAAAAGUAAAGGUAAAAAGAGCAAAGCUGUCGCUAAAACUGGUACAGCCAAGUAUCAAUGGCAGAUUAUGCAGAGUUUAGGUAUGGUCGACGAAGAUAUUAAAAGUUUUGCCGACGCUUCGUAUUGGCUCGAUCAUUUUCCGCCUUUAGCCAUGGAAGAUUUGAAAAGUAUUGGUAUUCAUGUGGAUUGGCGACGAACGUUCAUCACAACGGAUGCAAAUCCCUAUUUUGAUAGUUUCGUCAGAUGGCAAUUUAAGAAAUUACGUGACCGAAGUAAGGUUAAAUAUGGUAAAAGGUACACCAUAUUUUCGCCUAAAGACAAUCAACCUUGCAUGGAUCACGAUCGAUCGGUCGGCGAAGGCGUUGGUUCGCAAGAGUAUACGUUAAUUAAACUGAAAUUACUGUCUCCUUUCCCGGCUAAAUUAAAAAAACUCGAAGGCAAAAAGGUAUUUUUAGUAGCAGCUACUUUAAGACCGGAGACAAUGUACGGUCAGACAAACUGCUGGGUUCGACCCGAUCUACAAUACGUGGCUUUCCAGACGAAAACCGACGAAGUAUUCAUAUGCACUAAACGCUCGGCCAAGAAUAUGGCAUAUCAAGAAUUUACCAAUAAAACUGGUUCCUAUGUUAUUUUAAGCGAAUUCACCGGACAGGAUAUUAUGGGUGUUGCGUUAGAGGCACCGAUGGCACCGUAUCCUAAAAUUUAUACUUUACCCAUGUUGACGAUUAAGGAAGAUAAAGGCACAGGUGUGGUCACCAGUGUUCCUUCCGAUUCACCCGAUGAUUACGCCGCUUUAGUCGACCUUAAAAAGAAACAACCCUUCAGGGAGAAGUACGGUAUCAAGGAUGAGAUGGUGCUGCCUUACGAUCCGGUGCCUAUCAUCGAUGUGCCCAGUCUGGGACAGUUGUCCGCUGUGUCGCUGUAUGAAAAAUUGAAAAUACAGAGUCAAAACGAUAAAGAGAAAUUGCAAGAGGCCAAAGAACUGGUGUACUUGAAAGGAUUCUACGACGGUGUUAUGGUGGUUGGUGAAUAUAAAGGAAGAAAGGUGCAAGAGAUUAAGAAACAAUUGCAGAAGCAUUUACUCGAUUCCAAUCAGGCGGUCAUUUAUCACGAACCUGAUAAAACAAUUAUAUCGAGAUCCGGUGACGAAUGCGUUGUCGCAUUAUGCGAUCAAUGGUACCUUGAUUACGGUGAAGAAAAUUGGAAAAAGGCAGCGUUCAAAUCACUCGACCAGAUGAACACAUAUCACGAAGAAGUGAAAAAGAAUUUCUACUCGUGUCUGAAUUGGCUCCACGAAUACGCCUGUUCCAGAACGUACGGACUAGGCACUAAAUUACCCUGGGACGAGCAAUGGUUAAUCGAAUCAUUAUCCGAUUCGACGAUCUACAUGGCCUACUACACGGUCGCACACGUCUUACAAAAUGGCACUUUCAAAGGCGAAAAUGGUACCAGAAACGGAAUCAGCGAAAAUGCUUUUAGGCCUGAAUACCUGACCUCCGAAGUAUGGGAUUAUGUCUUCAUGAAAGAUGCGCCAUAUCCGGUGGAUUGUAAAAUACCGCGAGAAGUAUUAGACAAAAUGAAACGCGAAUUUCAUUUCUGGUAUCCGGUGGAUUUAAGGUGUUCUGGCAAGGAUUUGAUUCAAAAUCAUCUGACCUUUUUCAUCUAUAAUCAUUGCGCCAUUUGGCCCGAUGACGAUACGUAUUGGCCGAAGGGUAUUCGAGCCAAUGGGCAUUUAUUAUUGAAUUCGGCCAAAAUGUCGAAAUCAGAAGGUAAUUUCCUCACUUUGACUGAAGCUGUGCAGAAGUUCAGCGCCGACGGAAUGAGAUUAUGUUUAGCCGAUGCCGGUGAUUCCAUCGAAGAUGCUAAUUUCGUCGAAAGUAUCGCCGAUGCAGGUAUCCUUCGUUUAUAUACCUUCAUUGAAUGGGUCAACGAGAUGAAAAAUAACGAAAAUACGUUAAGAACGGGGCCGUACAACGAUUUCCACGAUAAAGUUUUCGUAAGCGAAAUGAACCUGAAAAUAUCGCAGACUGAUAAUUACUACAAUUCGAUGCUGUUCAAAGAAGCUCUACGAACGGGCUUUUUCGAAUUGCAAGCGGUUCGAGAUAAAUAUCGCGAAUUGACCGCCACCGAAGACGGAAUGCAUCGCGAUUUAGUAUUCCAAUUCAUCGAAUUACAAGCUUUGCUGUUAUCACCGAUUUGUCCUCAUGUCUCCGAACACGUUUGGAAUUUAUUAGGAAACAAUGAAAGUAUUUUGAAAUCUUCUUGGCCGAUAGCUGGUCCAAUCGACGAUAAGUUGAUCCAAGCAUCCGAGUAUUUAAUGGAAGCAGCGCAUUCGUUCCGUUUACAAAAGAAGAAUUACUUCCAAGUGGUUUCGAGGAAAAAUAAAAACGCCGCCUCGACUCCGCCGGAAAAACCUAACAAAGCCGUUAUUUGGAUCGCCAAAACGUUCCCACCUUGGCAAUCGACGGUUCUGAGUGUUAUUUUGGAAUUGUAUCAGAAAAAUGCCUCUACGAUGCCUGAUAAUAAAACAAUUUCAGCUGCUUUGAAUCCGAAGGCAGAGCUUAAAAGGCAUAUGAAAAAAGUUAUGCCGUUCGUGCAAGCUGUGAAACAGAAAGCCGAACAGAUGGGUAUUGCGGCGUUACAGCAAAAUCUAUCGUUUGACGAACACGAAGUGUUACGUAUUAAUUUAAAUUAUUUGAAAAAUACAUUAGAGUUAGAUGAUAUCACGCUUAAGUACACAGACAGUGCAGAUGUUCCUGAUAACGUGAAAGAAGACUGCUGUCCCGGUGCUCCGCAUAUUCUUCUUUUCGCCGAUAGUAAACCGGUGCUUUUAAAAGUUAUUAAUACUGUUCCACAGAACGGCAUGUUUACCGUUCUGAUCAACGUUAACGAAUGUCAAACCGUCGAAAAAUUAGUAGAUCGAAUGAAAAAAGAAUUGAAAUUAGGAAAAGAUUCGAAUAUCGACAUAUGGCGCUACAAAGAUCCGAUCAGUGGCCCACGCAAAACUCCCGCAUUCGGUGACGCAUUUUCCGAUAAAGAGAAGCUCUCGGUUAGCGAUAAAUUCAUCGUCGACGAUAAAACUAGCGUAAUCAAUGUGAAAAAUGGUAACACAUCGAGAUUAGUCGGCGAAACGGUCAUGUACGUUGUAACGUAGUCGUCGUAUCGUAACGUGAUGCGCUGAGUGCAGCGAAUCGCGAUCGCGACCGAUUAUUUUAUUAUUGGUGUUGCGAAAAACGUCGAACAGUAUUUCUUUGUUUUUUUUUCUCAGUUUAAGGUUUUAGCCCGGUUGAGGCACGAAGUCUUUGACGAGCUUUAACCGUUAUUUAUUUAUUUUGAAAGUACCGUUUUUAAUUAUUUAUUUUUUUUCCUUUUCUUUCUUCGUUUCUUUAUUCUUUCUCUUUUUUCCUGUUCUAAGUUAUUUAUCUGUUCUCCGAAUCAAGGAGAUUUGUGUAUUGUGUUCGUUUGAAGAUGUACGAUGAUGAUUUUUAUCGUUCUCGAGGAUUCAUUUUAGCGCCAAUAUUGAAGCUGAACGGUGGCGUUCUGUUGGAAAAUUCGUGGGUGAAUUUUCGCCGAAAUGAAACCUCGACUGAUGUGUAAAACUAACAAAAAUAUAUUUUUAAUGGUG